GCCCGAGGGUAGGCGGGGCAGGGGAGCCCCAAACGUGAGUGGCUGCGAAGACUUCUGACUGCCGACGCAUUUCAGUGCCAGCAGGUCUGGCGGUGGAAGAGCGUGGUGCGUGAUGAGUGAAAAAGUGCCCGAGGAUGGAGAAAAGCUGCCCAGGACGACCGCCAGGGAGAUUCCGCCCUUUGAGGACGUAAAGGAUACCGAACGUGACCAACCACAACAACCUGACACGCCCCCCUCCCCAGACGUCUCCCUUCUGCGUCACCAGCGAGAAACGAAUCAAUUCGUGGAUUCUGGCGAAGCCGAGAGAGAAGCCGCUUUCGCCGCCACGGGGGAGGAUGACCAUCGGAAGAUGUCCCAAGAUUCCCUGAUAUCCGACAGCAUCUGCGGAUCCCCUCUGUUGCAUCCUACGAGACGUCACCGCAGAUUCAUCGAUUCUGACUCCUGCCCAAGCGUGUCUCCGAGCCCCGACCCCGACACCCAGCUCCGAACUUUCGAUUUCAGCAAUGUCGAAAUAUCUGACGGGGGAGAAAGCAUCUCGGCGGCGCUGCAGACGGAGAGGGAGUUCCUGGAUUUCAUGCUCUCUCUGCCGCAAGUUCAAAAGGAAGUCCCGGGAAGGCCCUUUCAGUCCCAAAAGGACGCGUCGGGCCAGCCGCUACAGGAGAGUGACGCUCAGCUGUUUUCUGACCAACGGCCGCCGCCUCCCAAUUUGGGUGGGGUUGUGGGAACCAAAAUGGGGUUAGAUCACCUCGACAAUUUGUGUCGAAUGAUGGAGCAGUUGGGGGAGCUGAAGGAACAGAACAAUCGACUGCAGCGACGCGUCCACUACUUAGAGGAGCUGCAGACCCUGCAGGAGAUGCAUCGACACCUGCAGGAGACCCUGGAAGCCCGUCGCUCAGGGCUCGGCCUAGGACCCAUCGGCCUCUCCGAUUCCGAGCUGCGACUCGACCUCGAGGGCAGCGGCGACGGAGUUCCCGGCGGUGAGCUUUCGCAGCGCGGAUCCGAGGAAUCUCUGCUGUUGCUCGAGGGACACCGCCCUCCUCACAAAGGUAAGCCCAGACAACCCUUUUUCACCUUCGAGCGCACGCGUAGCAAAUCGGUGGGCCCUAACUUAAUGGAAGGCGGCGCCCACCGCGGCCCUAAGACUAAGGUGUCAGGUUGGAAGCGCGUGAAAGAAGCACUGAAAUGGGAGCGGGCCACCUUUUUGCCCCCCGCCCCCGUUCCCGAGACGGCUACCAGCGCCCACCACCCUCACUCGCCACAUCCCAACCCGGGGUUUCUGCCCGCCGCCUCUGAGGGCUCCUACCCGCGACCCCGCUCCUCGUCCUCGUCCUCGAGUGCCAUGACCGAAGUCAUGACUGAGGAGGACCUCCUCAAUCUCUGUCGACAAGACUUCGAUCAUAAUCAGUUUCUGGAGCCGCCAGAGUCUCCGUGCAGACGGCAUUCGAGUUCUGAGGACGACCGCCGAGUAGUGCCCCUAGAGAGGGACGAGAGAGCGCGCUCACACGACAAGGAGAAGAAAGGACACAGGUCAGCUUGGGGGAAGGUAAAGAAUAUGAUCUCGACUAGGAGGGACAGCGUCCGGAAGAAGUCUUUCGUUUCGUCCCAUCGGAAAUCGACUUGCGAUCGGCCGUGCCACGAGGCAUCGGGUAUGGGCAUCGCUGUUGAAGUCUCGGCGGCCUCUGAUCCAGAGGAAUACGAUGUGGAUUACGAGGGAGUGACGAGUGACGUGUUGGAAGCCCCCGGAGGUAUGGAUGGACAGGAGGCGGCGUGGGAUACGCCCGCGGGGGUCUGGAUGGGGCCCGAACCCCCUCACAUCACUUCCGGAAAUCUCGGCGCGAGGAGAGCCAAGCCUCAGCUGACAAUCACCGUGCCCUCAAGCGAAAACCUCAGCCUUCUGCAGGAAAAGACAAUAAAAGCUUGUCUGAGGAACUUCUCCCAGCAGGGAGCCGGAGAGAGAACGGCGUCCGCUUCCCAGAAGUCCCCUGAACCAACCAGACGAAAAGUGAGCCCCAUUCAGAUGGAGCUGCGGGCAUCACCGUCACUGCCAAUGACUCCCCCGUCGCCCAGACGCGCCUCCAACUGGACCAAAGUGAAGAAGGCUUUCCUGACGAGCCAGCACCACCUGCAGCAGCAUCACCACGGCAAGAGUGACGUCCUCUUCUCCGUCUCUGGCGGUUCGUCGUCACUGCCACCCUCACCCAGCAAGAAGAAUUCAUUCCAGUUCGAAGGACCACAUCUCAUUGCAACGCACCUGGACGACUCCGACUCGCCGUGCGCGUCCCUGGAAGUGUCCCCGGAGGUCCUUCUGCCCCCCGGAGCGCCCCACACCAGCCCUUCGCCUCAGCCGCAGCCGUCCCCCAUUCCUCAUGCCAAUCUCGGGCAACAGCAAGGUGUCCAUAUGAACAUAGCCGAUCUCCAAAAGAGCCUUAGUGGGGAGUUCAACCGAAGACUGCAAGAGUGGGAGAGACUGAAGGGCGGGUCAGGGCGGGGGUGCCCUCACUCUCCGCUUGCUGCGACAGUUUCAGGACCUACGUCCAUAGGACCAAGUUCACAUCCUGAAGACAAUCUUCCACAAGAGUUCAAGAAAAAAUUGCACGAAUGGGAGAAGAUGAAAGAGAGAGAGAGGGAAAAGAUCAAAGUUGACAUGUCUAGAGGCCAAGAGGACGUGAAGACGAAAAUUCACGGUGAGGACGACUUGCCAGCUGAUUUCAAGAAGAAGCUCACGGAAUGGAAAAUUCGCAAAGCUCUCGUCGGCAAAAGCCAACAGAAUGUUGAAGAACUGCAAAAGAAUCUAGGGGAGGAAUUUAACAGGAAAAUGGCCGAGUGGGAGAGAAUCAAAGCUUCAGCGAAUCAGGGACAGUCGCAGGUCAAAACUUCCGCGUCGGCAAGCAGCAUUCAAGUUGGCUCAACGUCUCAGGUCAAGACGGGCUCGGGGCCAUGCCCAGGGCACAAUAUCAAGCAAUCUGCCUCCGCUGGUCAAGUGCUUGUGAAGCCACAAAGCCCAGGACCGGAGUCCUCAAGCCCAAGAUUAGACAGGAAGGGUUCUGGCCAGAAGAUUAAGAAAAUAAAACCCGGUAAAACAGAGAAAGUUCCUUUGGCCAAGACGGACGGCGGACACAAAGGGAGGUACAAGACAGACAAGGAGCUGCUGUGGCUUGAGAAGGAACUCCAUAAAGUCGAGAGAGAGACUCAGAGACUCGAAAGAGAAAAGGAGAAAUUCCUCGAGAGGCAAGCAAGACUGGAGAAAAUGCGGCAAGCGAUGGGUCAAGGCCCGGCAACAAAGAAAGAAAUCUACAUUAAGACCUCGACAGGUGAAUUCCGCUUCGAGGGGAUCAGUCAGACCUUCACCAAGAAACUGUACGAGUGGGAAGAAAGGAGGGGCAUUCGCCCGGAGUCCUCCACCAUCGCUCUGCUUGAUCCGAAUUACAAAGCUCCUGAAAAGGAGGUUCAGGAAAAGCCCAGGAGUCCUGAAUUGAUGCGUCUCGUCAGGUCAAAGUCAGAAUCCUCCGUGGCCGCGGAUUUGGUGGUGACUUCGGGAAACUCUCAUCCUUCCAGUCUGUCGCUCAACGAAAUGGAUCAGGAGGAGAAUGGUGGUUUGCAAGCUGAAAAUAAGGCGGCAAGUGAACCCACCUUAGGCGGAGAAGAAUGUACUACUCCGAAGGUGGCCGUCUUGGUUCAGCUGGAAGAAGUCGUUGAUGAUGGGGGUCACGCCUCCGCCCGCCACCCGACCACCCCUUAUGCGCCCGCUGAAAUUACCAGGAACAUUGACUCUUCUGGAAGUGAGGAGGAUGUCACCAGGAGGAAACGUGCAGACGACGAUGAAGAUUUUGUAUCCCACAUGAGACACGUCGAUAGCAAUUCCAGGACACCAGGGUCGUAUAGAACGCUCCUGCAGGAAAAUAUGAGCCUCUUAGACAAGCUUCGGCAGAAGGAAAACCUUUGUCGUGCCCUCGAACACCAGAUGGGGGACAUUGAUUGUAAGAUGGAUAAUGUGGCUGAUCAACAUCUCAAGACUCUUGAAAAGCUGCAUCGACAAGUGACCAUCAUCAUGAAAGACACGGGAUCCUCAGCCAAAGAGGAGGGGGAGGGUGGGGAGGACGACGCAGCCAACGCCAAUGACGACCCCGAAGCCAACCAGCGUCUGAUCAACCAACUGCGAGCUCGGAUAUCCGAACUGGAGGUUCGAGGAGACCAUCUGAAGGACGAAAAGGAACAACUUGAGAUGGCGUUCAAACUCCACAAAGAACAAGAGACAGAGAUCGCAGAAUCACUCGUCAUGAGAAUUCGGGAACUUCAGGAUGCUGGCGCCGAGGUCAACAUUCAGACUGUUCAAUGUCAGACGGAUGACCUGCCAGAUCCUCAGGAAAAAAGCCUCACUGAGACGCCCCACGAGGAAACACACGAGGAAAACCACGAUGACCUGGAAAAAAGGGAGGUGUUCAAAGAAGAGAGGAGGGAGAUCAUAUCAAGCACACCAGAGGAACCCGUGACGAAAAGGGAACACAGACAAAGAGAACAUCGUAAAACGAAAAAAGCUCCUCCCAAGAAAGUUCAGCGGCUUCACAAUCUCACAGGAGACUUACUCUUCCAGGCAAAGAGGAUGGAGCAGGCUCUUGUGUCGAAACACGGGCUUGACCGGCGCGGAGAGCAACAGAAGGGCCUUGGGUACAACAACGGACAUCGGCAGAGGAGCCUUCGUGGGCGGUCGUCUCUCAGACUAACGGCGGACUCCGGGUCAUCCCAGAGGCGGCAGCGAGAAGCGGGUGCUCGGACUUGGUCGUCGAUUGAGGCCAUCACCGUCCCCAAUGAAUCCCCUCCUAAUGGUUCAUCAACUUGGGAAAAUAGAUCUGCGGGCGGCCUGGACGCCUCCCACGCUAGCGGAGAUGGGCUGGAAGCUUCCAGUAGGAGCCUACGAAUUCACCCAUCGUCGGCUCAUCCCUCUGACCAGCAAGAUAUUUUAGCCAUGAACGCAGAGUUAAGUCGUAUGGCUAAAGAACUACGAAUGGAGCUCAUGAAAAUGUGGAGCUUUAGAGAAUCUACAUCGCCUGAGUCGGAAACCUCUGAGAGCAUCGAUAGGCUGGACCUUGAUGAAGACAAAAAGCACACAGAGCCAGACCGACUUUUGGCUGAGGCUAACGAGGUGUUCCAGAGCAUCGCUCUCCUUCAGAAGGACAGCUCUCCCCCGACACCUCCUCAGUCAGGUAGAUCUUCCACAACAAGGGCACGUCGCUCGCCUUCCAUCACUUCCUUUUCCAAGCACCGGGAAGCCAACGGAUUCGAAGACAAAGUGGCCGCCUAUCGCAGUGCGGACAGAGACAGGAGCAGUCAGUCAGCAGCGGGAACGCCGUCCCAAAGAGAUUCUUACAGUCAACAACGACAGAAGUUCCAGGAGAUGGACGACGACCGCUCAAAAUUCCUUCCACCAGGGUCCAGUUUAGACCACCUGCUGCUCAGGUCGCAACUGGAGGAGGACGACGACAGAGACUGGGAAGCAGCGAGGCGAAGAUCCUCCGACGGCCUCUCCACUGUCACCUCUGGUCCCUCCCGCUCCCACUCGCCGUCUCCCAGCAUCGCCUCAAGUGCUCCCGAAGCAGAGGCAUCUCCCAGACUCGACGAGGAAGACGACGGUCUAUCUCUUACCGGUACUUGGAAAACAGCGACAAAUUCGACCUUACGUUCAGGAGAGCAUAUCUUAUCAUCCAGCUUCGAGUGGGAUGAGGAAGAAUCUGAGGAGAGAGGAAGGAAAAGGGAGAACUGGAGCACUGCUGUUGGGGAGGAACGCGUCGCAGUUCCUCAGGACUCGAGGACGAAAUCUUUGAGGAAAGGUGGACCCACCGGCGAGUUCCAUAAAAGCUUCGAAACGGAGGUGACGACUUCCAGUCCUCGUACGCCCGUCCGGGACCUCAAGACGCGACGUAUUUCGGAUACGCAGGUGGAAUAUGAAGCUCGUGGUCAGAGUACAAAGGACGAGUGUUUUGCUUAUACCUUCAGCAGAACUGUGUACGAUGAUGAAGCGCUGACGGCAGGGAAACAAGGACAUUUAAAGGAUUCUGAUGAUGCUCAGCAUAGACGUUUCAAAUCAAUUCCCACAACUGUCGCUCCACAUUCAAUGUCCUCGGAUAAAUCUCCAGACAUUUUUGUACCGACAAAGCGAACAAUAUUCACAGUGCAAGGUGGUGUUCUUAACUCUGAACAAGCAAGAGCAACACCUACAUUUGUUGACAACCAAGAUGAGUCAUCACUCAGCAUACAAAAGCGUGAAACUCCCUCGUCCACGACAGUUAACAGGGAUUUACUGGUGGAGAAACAAAAAAGCAUCAGAAAAGACUUUGAAAAGGAUCACUGUUUCAGCCAGAGUGACUCACAGGCUUCUAUCGGAACCUCAAGACAGUCUAUGAAUCAGAGUGAUGGUACCACAGAGCAGAGUCCUACUAAACACUUAAGAGGUAACAAACAUCUACAAGAGUCAGAGAGCGUAAAAGAUCAGUCGGAUACUCAACAUAAAGUGGAGGAAGAAAUACAAAGUACUGAAAACCAUUCCCUUAAAUCAAACAUUAUAAAUGACGGUGAAGAGACCUGUGAAAAAAAAGAUUCAGAUCAGUUACCCGAGAAGAAUGUAGACGAAAGUUCUAAACUGUUGGAAAAUGAAGGUCUGGAUGUUUCAUCUUCCAUGUCUGAAGAACAUGCAUGUUUCUCUAAACAACUUAAGCCUGUACAACUUCCUACCAACACUCCUAUGGUGACCAUGCUUUUCCAGAAGUCUCCUCCAACAAGCCCGCCAAUUGAGUCUAAAAGAAAGGUUUUGGAGGCUGUUAAUGAAGGUGUACCAACAGUAAGAAAUAUCAUUCAGAAAUUUAAUCAGAGAAUUACAGAAAACCAAGAACUUUUAGGAGGUCCAUUCCGAUCACCCCCAUCUAGUCCUCCACAGCAUUCGCCGAGAUCUCAAAGAAAGCUUCUGUCUGAAAUGACCGGAACAGCAUGGAAACACAGUACAGUUCAUACGCAAGGAACCCCUGCAUCAGUCACUAACUCAUCUGGAGGAGUUUUAAAGUCUCUCAGUACUUCAGUGAUAGUGAACUCCGAGAUUCCUCCGCUGGUUCAGCGGUCUGCAAGCAGUUCCUUAGUUCAAAAUCGAUUCCUCACCAGUGCAAACCAGGCAAUGUGCAGCACAAAGUCUCGUGCAUCACCUCUCAUGGUUUCAGACAUACCUGAAUUGAGUGAUGAAUGGAAAAGUUCACAGACUAUUACUCCAGAAGUAAUUCCUAAUAUUAGUUGUGUUGCUAGUCCUUCCUUUACUCCAGGAGGUGUUAGUCCUACUCCGACUGAGGUUGAUACGUCAUAUGACUUAGAUGUUUCGGUUGAUGACCCUACAUUGGGAGUCCAAAAUCAGCUUGGAAAUUCUUCUCUGUCAAUUGACAAAAGCCCGUCAGGUAAAUUACGAGCCAUGAAGUUAAAGAAGGCCAAGGAAGAAUUCUUAUCACGAGGAGCAGCCCUCCCAGUCUCAGAGCAUAGGCUAAGUGGUGGUCCUGAUUCUUUUAAAUUGCGCCAGAGGAGUGGUACAGCAAGUACUGAUGAUAGUUGGAGAGACUCUGGUGAAAUUUCAGCUAGUUCCCCUUCACCUCUCCCUCAAUUUUCCCAUAGUGAGGAGAUGUUCAUUAACAGAGAUGACAUCCCUGAUCUGUCUCCCAAAAUUGUUCCGAAAAGAAAUAGAGCUGAAAAGAAAGAAUCCUUCCGAAGACAAAGUGCUCAUUGUAUUUUAGAGCAGUCUACCCCUGAGCAAGCAAAACAAGUUGAAAAGUCUGCUUCUUCGGGGGCUCUAGAAAGCCCAGGGAGAUUUUGUGAUCAGCCAGCUGACUCGGAAUCUCGAGACAGCAGGAAAGGGUCUGUUGAUCCUUCCACUGACUCUGGGAAGUCGUCGUCACGAGGCUUCUUUAAGUUAUUCCGAAGACACAGAAAUAGAGACAAAAAGGACAUGCCCUCUGUACAGAAGCUAUGUCGUCAAAGUUUACUCGUGGACUUUGCAAGUGGAAGAGGACGUACUCAGAGCGCAUCUCCACAGCCAGGGGCAGAGUCUCAUCUGUUAGCUCUGCAGGAAGUCGAUGGGGAAGAAGGCUCAGAUAUGCCUCGCUCCUCUAAGACUUUACCAAGGGGUAGCAGUGGAGAGGCUAUGCAUCCAACGCCCUCUCGAUCAUGUCCUUCUUCACCAGUCGCUCCCCACCGCUCAAGAACAGCUAACUGGCUCAUCAGAGGGCGACAGAUUUUCAAGAGUCGGUCGCCAUCUCCAAACAAAAAGCAACGGUGACAAAAUAAUAAAGAUGCUUUAUUAUAAAAAAAUAAUACAGCAUCCUUGAAAAGCCACACUUUUUUUUCAUUGCUAGUCACUUUACGUAGCCAUGUUAUAAUGGCAUCUAUGUAUGGAAUGUAAUAUUUAUCUUCAAAGAAAUGUUCGACUAAAGCUAUACUUUAAGGAAAUUUACAAAACAAAAUAUUUAUCUCAUUUUUGAAAAAUGUCACUUAUUGUAAUACAGAAUAUAAAUCAACAA